AUGGCGCCAAAAGAUAAGUCAAAGGACAAAUCCUUGUGGUCCUCUAUCAAGGCUCUGCAGGCAGCAGCGGAAGACACUAUCAAUUAUUCCAAAUCUAUUAAAAACCAUGAAGAACUACAACAGAGAAAUAUAGAGCUUGAGAACGAACUCAAGGCAGCACAUUCCAAGAUAGAGGAUCACCAACGACAUUUGGAGGAAGAGCACCAGAAGCAGCAAUUAUUAUUGCAUGAAAAAGCAGGUCUUGGUGACUAUGUGGAGGAGCGUGUUAAGGGCUGGGUAGAGAAAGAGAAUGAUCUUCUGACCCAGCUACAAGCAGCAAGGACCCAGAUAGAAAAGACAAGACAGGAUGCAGAAACAAGACUCGACGCCAAGUUACAAGACUUAUCAAGGAAAGUCCACGAUCAAACUGAGCAGCUUCGCCGGCUCCGUACCCAACUGGAUGAACGAGAUACGAAAAUCACCGGGUUACAGGGGCGCCUCGAACAGAGUCAAGAAGAAGUUGAAGAAUUGAAACGUGCAACUCAACUGGAGGAGUUUGGACCUGAUCUGAUUCAGAACAUCAAAGACCUCGAGGCGGCCUUGCGCGAUAUCAUUCAGAGAUAUUUUCACAAGGCUUUUCCGCCCGAUGCCUGCGAGAAGAAAGUAAUCGAUACCAUUCAGUACCUCCAGUGGAAAGAAUGUACAACUCCAAAUCCCUUCUCGAUGUUUCCCACCCCAGCUUUGAGUCAGUCAACAACGCUCCGUGCUUCCUGCGUGCAAUGCAUGAUAUCCAACCACCUCUCCCGCAAUAUAUUCCGGUCAACGUUUGUUGAAGCAUCGGCUGGCCGAAUGCCAAAGAGUGAUGCCCUUGACCAGUGCGAUCAGAUUACAUCUCAGGAGAAAGCCUUACUACGUGCACUUCUGGUGAAGGCGUUCAGCUCAGAUGAACGGAGACAGGUAGAGGAAAACAUUGAAAAUGUUGUUUCCGAGGUCGUCAAUCUGGUUGAGCCUUUACUAGAGACCGAAUGCAUUGAGUUCAAGGAAGACCUUCGUCGAUUUCUCCAAGAUGCCGCGAGUUUGUGGAGCAAAGUGCAACGGAGCUCUAAAUGGGUGACAACAGUUACUAAUGUACCCCGAUCUGCUGAAGUUUGGAGGUCUAAUAAAGGGAAGGAUACGGACCUCCCUGAGUACCCGAUUUUGGUCUUGUUUCCUCAUUUUAUCACGCCCGGGGAGCCAUCACCACUUCACAUGGGAACCAUGACGUGGGGAGAUAGCGAGUCUACAAGGCAAGACCCAAGCAAGUGGCUAGAUGGUGAACGCGCCAUGUUCAACAGAUUAAACGCAGUAGUACUCCGAGAAGUCCCCAGACAUGGAAGGUCAUUCACUGAGCAUCUCAAUGCCCGGAAGGGACACGAUUCGCAAACCAGACAGAGCCGGGCUUCCAAGGACAACAGCAUUUCCAGGGGAUCAGAAGGUAAUGCCCGUCAGACAUUGCAUUAG